AUGAGUAUUCUCCCAGAAACAACUCAUGAAAAGACCCUCUCAGAUGCCUGGGACUACACCGGCAAGCCAGCCAUUAAGGCCAAAACCGGGGGCUGGGUCGCGGCCGCCAUGAUUCUAGGGCCAGAAGGGGUUGAGAGGCUUACAACGCUGGGAAUUGCAGUCAAUUUGGUCACUUAUUUGACUGAAACAAUGCAUCUAGGCAAUGCUACCGCCGCCAACAAUGUCACCAACUUCCUCGGAACCUCCUUCAUGCUAUGUCUCUUCGGUGGCUUUGUCGCCGACACUUUUCUCGGACGGUAUCUGACAAUUUCCAUCUUCGCAACGGUUCAAGCAAUUGGUGUAACUCUCUUAACCAUCUCCACCAUAAUUCCAAGUCUCCGGCCGCCAAAAUGUUCACCGGGGCUCUCACCAACCCCAUGCAUUCCGGCGGACAGCAAGCAGCUGGCAAUUCUCCACACAGCACUAUACUUAACGGCACUCGGCACCGGUGGCUUGAAAUCGAGCGUUUCGGGGUUCGGUUCCGAUCAAUUCGACGAAACGGAUAAGGAGGAGAGAGCGAAAACGGCGGUUUUCUUCAAUUGGUUCUUCUUCUUGAUAAGCAUUGGAUCACUUGGAGCUGUGACAAUUCUUGUUUACAUUCAAGAUAAUUGGGGCAGGCAAUGGGGAUAUGGGAUAUGUGCUUGUGCCAUUGUGUUGGGAUUGGUUGUGUUCCUGUCCGGGACUCGACGAUACCGGUUUAAAAAAUUGGUCGGUAGCCCGUUGACACAAAUCGCUGCCGUGUUCGUUGCAGCAUGGAGGAAGAGGAGGAUGGAUUUGCCCUCGGAUCCAUCGGCGUUGUACCAAAUCGAAGACGCCGUCGAUGGAGCUGGGAAGAAGAAGCAGAAGUUGCCCCGCAGCAAGCAGUUCAGGUUUUUGGAUAAGGCAGCAAUCAAGGAUGAAGAAAUAGUUGGGAAUGUAGUGAACAAGUGGAAUUUAUCAACCCUAACAGACAUUGAGGAAGUUAAAUUAGUGCUUAGAAUGUUACCAAUUUGGGCAACCACCAUUAUUUUCUGGACAGUCUAUGCUCAAAUGACAACAUUCUCUGUCUCCCAAGCCACUACUAUGAACCGACACAUUGGAAAAUCCUUUCAAAUUCCGGCAGCCUCCCUCACUGCCUUCUUCGUUGCUAGCAUCCUCGUAACCGUCCCGAUCUACGACCGACUCAUCGUCCCGAUAGCAUCGAGAAUUUUGAAGAAUCCACAAGGGCUAACCCCACUGCAACGAGUUGGGGUCGGGUUGGUUCUAUCGAUAAUUGCCAUGGUCGCCGCCGCGCUUACCGAAAUCAAGCGAUUGAGGGUGGUGGAGGAAAAUGGAUUGGUGUUCAAGCCAAUGGCUGAGGUGCCAAUGAGUGUGUUUUGGCUUUGUCCACAGUUCUUAAUUGUGGGAGCAGGCGAGGCGUUGACGUACAUGGGGCAAUUGGAUUUUUUCUUAAGAGAGUGCCCUAAAGGGAUGAAGACAAUGAGCACAGGGCUGUUCUUGAGCACACUUGCUUUAGGGUUCUUCUUUAGCUCAUUAUUGGUUACAAUAGUGGGAAAAGUGACUGAAAAUGGGCAUCCAUGGAUUCCGGACAAUCUCAAUGAAGGGAAGCUUUAUGAUUUCUAUUGGCUGUUGGCGAUCUUAAGUGUGUUGAAUUUGGCGGUGUUCUUGAUUUGUGCUAAGUGGUACGNGAAUANCGUGUACAAGGAGAAGAGGUUGGCUGAUGAGGGCAUUGAAUUGGAGGACUCGGAUUGA